GAACGCUCACACGUCCCUUGAUUUCCCAGAAGUGUCACCUGCAGAUCAGCAUACAGCUGAGAAAGACUCAGUCAGUCGGACGUUGAUGACAGGUGGAAGAUGGAAAGGCUUGUGUAGAAGGGAAGAGACCAAUGAAAGGGUGAGCGGGUGUAGUUUUGAAUCGAAUCUUGUCAAUAAAGCAGUGAUGAAUGAGGUGGAACAGAUAUUCUGAAGCCUUGGCAGACGGCGACCAGUUGCAGCAUCAAAGUCUUUUGGUGUCCCCAAGAUGGCAGCUGUCCCUAAAGUAUGCAAUGAGGAAGGGCUGAUUGAUGAUUAAGAAAGGUCUAUUAAGACCCAAAUCUAUGUUAGAUCUGAUCUUGCUGAUGGUUCAGAUGCUGUGUUGCCAAGUAAUUUGCCAGUGGACCAUUCAAUGAGGAUCAGUAAUGAGAGGACAGAGAUGAAUAGGAAAGGUAGAACACCUGCUCCAAAACCAAGAACAAAUUUGAAGCAAGAUCAGCCAAAGGAUGAUCAACCAGAUGCUUCCAAAGAAAUGAAUGACACUCCUGCUGAGAAUGAUCAAUCUCCACAUGGUCUCGGCGCUACCAACAACCAGCAGGCCCCCACAGAAACGGUCUAUGAAAGAUCAAAAGGUGGGAUUUAUUUAGGAAAAGGUGACAAGGAAAGACAAAAGUUGCCAAGAGAGGGUGGUUGCAACAGACAAGAUACAAAAGGGAGAAGACAUUCCAGGACUGUCGAUGUUCCCUCAAAGCAACAGAUCAGCCAAGAAGGUCCUCCUGAGAAAACACAACAUGGAAGAAGAGAUAGUGUCACCAGGACCACAACAAAGACCAGACGCGUAUCAGGAGGAACAUCCACCCAGGAUGUCCUGGGGGGAAAGGAGAACAAAACAGAUGCUAAUCAGAAAAGAGAGGAGCAAGGAGAGGUACAGAAAGGUACAAAAAUGAGAGCCCAGAAAAAGAACAAACCCAGGGAUGAGUUUGAUGGGUUCCUGAGAAAUAAAGUUGGAAAGCAGAUUUCUGUUAUACUGUAUGUUAGAAUCCAGCAACAUCUCGAUGAAAAAUAUGAUGUUAAAGGUUUUCUUCGUGCACGGAUGCAGACUCAACAAGACGUCAAAGUUGUGAAAAUGGAGCAUGUUGGAAAUAGCACUGUAGUUUCGGUUGAAGCACCAAGUAUAUCUGCGGCUAACAAAGUUGGAUAUUUACUGAAAUUAAGUAACAGAGGAUCUAAGAUGAAGUUAGUUUGCACAUUGGAUAGGAAUGAGGCACUGGAUCUUCCACCUGAGAGGGAUGAAAAAGAAUUUGAGCAGCAUAUCACAAGCAUUAAAAGAAGGGAAAAGAAAGCUUUAAGUGAUCACAUGGAUAAAAUCAAUGUUAUUUCUAAGGGUAUUGAGAGACUGUCCACAAACAAACAUGCAACUAUUGAUGAGUAUGAGGCAAUGCAGCAUGAGAAGACUGCUCUCAAGGAUAAGUUGGAAGAGCUGAAACUGCAGAAGGAACAGUUUAUAACGUAUAUGCAGGGCUUGGAGUCAAAACUUGUUUCACUGUGGAAAGAUAAUACCUAUGCUAAACACAGUGGCGAUCUAAGGAAAGACUUUGGUAUCGAGCUUUGUAGACUUACAUCCGCACUGCCUAUGUAUGCCAGAAGAAACGAUAUAAUCAAAACGGUACAGGACAACCAGGUUUGUGUCAUAUUAGGCGAGACUGGGUCAGGGAAGAGCACACAGAUGACACAGUACCUCCAUCAGGCAGGCUUCAGCAAAGAUGGUUUUAUCGUGUGUACACAGCCCAGGAAAGUUGCAGCCAGAAGUCUGGCAACCCAUGUUGCAUCUGAGCUAGUAACAAAUGUUGGCAAUGUUGUAGGUUACAAAGUAGGAAUGCGUUCUAAAUGUGGAGGAGCUACCAAGAUCCUGUACAUGACUGAUCACUGCCUGCUGAAUGAAUGUCUGAAAGAUCCAACUCUGUCUGCCUACAGCUGUGUUAUAGUAGACGAGGCACAUGAGAGAAGCAUCUACACUGACCUGCUCCUUGGAAUGCUGAAGACGUGCUUGAAACAGCGCCGUGAUCUCAGGGCAAUCAUUACUUCAGCGACUAUUGACCCUGACGUCUUUGUCAGAUAUUUUGGUGACUGCCCAGUCUUGAGAGUAUCUGGCAGAAUGUUUCCCGUUGAAGUUGAGUACCUAGCUGAAAGUGAUGGGGGCAAGUCUUCUGAUAACUAUCAGAAAGAAGCUGUCAACAAGGCUGUAUAUGUCCACACAAAGGAUCCUCCAGGCGACAUUCUGGUUUUUGUUAUAUCUCCUUUAGAAACCGAGAAGUGCAGUGAAGAUUUUAGCAGCAGACUGCAGGGAAGGACUGACUUCAAAUGUUUGGUUCUUCAUGGUCAGAUUCAACCAGAUGAGCAGCAGUUAGUAUUUCAGGCCACCCCUCCAGGAAUCAGAAAGAUUGUCUUUGCCACAAACAGUGCUGAGACUUCAAUCACCAUUCCAGGAAUCAAGUAUGUAAUCGAUACUGGCCUUGCAAAGGAGAAACGUUAUGAUCCUCGUCGGAACAUGAGCACAUUGAGUGUAGUCCUCAUAAGUCGCAGCUCAGCAGAUCAGAGGAAAGGUCGGGCAGGAAGAACAGGUCCCGGUAAAUGUUACAGACUCUACAGUGAAGAGACGUAUCGUGAAAUGGAAGCAGUAUCACUGCCAGAGAUACUCAAAGUUCACCUGGGGCAGGCUAUGCUGAAACUGACAGAGCUUGGCAUUAAUCCUCUGGAGUAUGAAUUUGUUCAGUCACCAGGACAAUCAGCAAUAGCUACAGCUAUGACUACACUUGAGGAACUUGGUGCAGUCAAAGACAAUAAGAUCACAGAAGAAGGGAAAGAACUAGCAAAGCUUCCUGUAGAACCUCGACUAGGACUUAUUAUCCAGAAAGGAAGAUCUGAAGAUGUUCUCUUUGAUGCUGUUGUUCUUGCAGUUGUGAGUAAUGUAGGAAGCUUCAUAUUCUUCAGAGGGGGCGCUGACAAUGAUAAGAAGAAAGCUGACAAGCUGAAGAUACAGUUCUGCCACAAUGGUGGUGAUAGUCUCACUCUGCUGAAUGUCUACAGAGAAUGGGACAAAGAGCCAGAAAAGCAGAAAAACAAAUGGUGCUUUGCAAACAGCCUUAACUCCAAAUCUUUGCGAAUCGCCAGAGAGACAGUAAAUGAGGUGAUGGCGCUUUUGAAGAAGGAGGCUAAAGGGAAGGUCACACAUGAGUUCAAAGACCCACAAGAAGCGGAUGGGAAACUUCAGAGAAUACUCUUUGACAGCUUCACAUCCAACAUCUGUCAUUCUCUUGGACUUGCAAAGGCAGGAUAUUAUGCCCCUAGACUUGAUCAACAAGUUCAUGCUCACCCCUCAUCAGUCCUGUAUCCACUCAACUUGGUUCCUGAGUGGCUUGUCUUCGAGCAGUCCAUGAAGACAUCCAAAGACUUCAUUACAGGACUCACACCAGUUGAUGAAUCCUGGGUUGUUGAAGCCAUUGAGUCUGGACGUCUAAAGAGAGAUCUUGAAGAGAUGAGAAAGAAACAACUCCUCCCUGUGCAUGUUGAGCAUGUCGGAUCAUUUCUUUUCUGGAAGCUUGUUGGUCCUAGUUUUACAAAACUAAAACAGUUUGAAGAAGAAGCAUCACAUCUUGUUAAACCACAUCUGGCUGUCAUUCAGGCAUCAAAGGAAAAAGGGGAACUGAAGAUAUUUUGCUCUGAUCGUGCUACUGGCAAAUUAUCUCACCUAUUCAAUGAGGUGACUGGACCUGUGAAAAUAUAUUUAGAAGGAGAAGAUUUGGAGGUACCAUUGGGUCAGUCUAAGGAGCAUGCUGGUGUCCGUGUGAUCCUUGGUAAAGGGGGAGCUGUGAAAGACAUCCUCAUGGCAGAUGAAUACAGAACAAUAUUUGUUGAUCGUCCUGAUGAAAAUUCUACAGAAGACACUAUCAUGAGCAAAUUUGGCUGUUUUGGAAAGAUAGAGAGACACAGGAUAUUCAAGAAUCCUCAAAGGAGAUGGGGUUGUAUUACAUAUGAAUCUUCAGCAGCAGCAAAAGAAGCUGUGGAGAAAACAAAAUCGGAUUCUUCAGAAGUUGCUGCUCCUGAGAAACAUGGCCGAGGGUAUCAAGACUCUCAGUUCAAGGUCAAAAUAACGUGGUGUAGACGAAAGUCUAGAGGAUUUGGGUAUGUUGAUGUUGAACCAGAGUUGAUGCCAAAGAUUUUACAAAGAGGGCCAAUGUUUAUCAAAGGAAAACUUGUAAAUGUUGGAAUUGACGUGAAAAGUAGGAAGAGCCUUUAUCUUGAAAAUCUUUGUCAAAGUAUCACUGAAGAUGAUAUCAAACAAGCAAUUCUAUCCUCUUUGAAUUAUGAUGAAGAUAAAACUGGCAUAUUUCAAAAGGUAACGGUAGUGAGAGAGAAAGUGACCACGACCAAAGAUCAACUUGGUACAUUUCAGACUCAGUUACAGGCAAAGCUCAAAACCUUUUCGCCAGAAAACAGAUUCCAUGUGGAGGUCAAAGAGCCAUAUACAACAAGUGUCAACUACCUAGCAUUUGCAUCGUUCACCAACUCAAAUGAGGGAAUAGCAGCUUGCCAAGGUUUGUCCAGGCAGUUCCAUAUCAACGACCGAGAGGUCACGAUGGAGCCAGACAUAAGGCCAUCACUGUAUGUAAACAGAGAAGUUUAUGCAGCCAUCAAAGACGACCUGGAUGCAUACUUGAAAGAAUUCCCCAUUGGAGUGAAUUCAAAGACACUGAAGGAUGGAACUGUCGUACUUUAUAUCCAUGCCUCCAGCUCCACAGAGCUGGCAAAGAUUCGAGCUAACCUACAGAACAUUGUACAGGGAGAAGUUGUGGAACUUGGUGCAAAUCCCAAUCUGCGUCAACUCUUUACCAGGGCUGGAAGAGACUUUCUCAAAGACACUGAAAAGAAAUGUAAUGCUUUCAUUCAAGUUGAUGGUAGAACCUUCACACUUUCAAUCCAUGGGAAACAGGAGGCAUGCACUAGUGUGCGCAUUUCAAUCAAUGAUUAUCUCCAACAACUGUCUGAAGGAGAACUGAUCGAGGUGCACCUGCGUAGAAGAGACAAACCCAAUGGGCUGAUGAAGACAUUGAUGAAUAAGUAUGGCAUAGAACUUGAGAAACUACAGCAGGACUUUGACUUGAGAUCAGUUGUCCUGAAUUUCAAGCGACAGAUUGUAAAAUUGGUGGGAUCAGCUGAAGACAUUGACAAAGCUGUCACAGUCAUAGACGACAUUUCAUCUAAAUUGCUGGAGGGUGUCAAAACUUCAGAGGAGGAGGAACUUCCCGAUUGCUGUGUCUGUCUCUGCCCAAUAGAACCAAACGAUUUGUACAGGCUGCAGUGCUGUGGGCACGCCUACUGCCUGGAUUGUGUCAGGAGACAGCUGGAAGCUGCAGUCACUGGCCGAGACUUCCCCUGCCUUUGUGGGCAUGAUGGGUGUGAGCAGCCAUUUACAUGGAAGGAUUUGUCCAAUUUUGUGCGAGAAGGAACAUUAACUGUCGCAAACCUGGCCAGCUCCUCUUUGAGUUCCUUUGUUAGCAAAAACACCAAAACCUUCAAGUAUUGCUUGACCCCAAACUGUGACAUGGUGUACCGAGUGACCUCGAAGGGAUCUGUGUUCCGGUGCCCCGACUGCAGUGUGAGAACAUGCACUACCUGCCACGCCCAGUAUCAUGAUGGACUGACCUGUGCCAUGUACAACAGUGCCAAGGAUGAUGAAGACAGCCUUGAAAAGUGGCUGGCAGCCGAUUCCAAAACAACAAAGAAGUGCCCAAACUGUAAGACCCCCAUAGAGAAAACAGAAGGCUGCAAUAAUAUGCAUUGUGAAGCAUGCACAUGCAGCUUCUGUUGGUUGUGCCUUGCCUGCUUUCAAGAAUCUAAUGCAUGUUACGAUCAUUUGAGUAAACAACAUGGUGGCUUUUUUGAUCAAAUUUGAUCUCAUACCCAAAACAUGAUCCUAUAAAGGAUUUACCUUGGUCUGAUUUACUCAAGUUUGUUGUACGAUAAACAUUUCAAGUGAGACUCCAACGGCUGGAACGUAAGGAAUGUGAACUUGACAUAAAAAUCUGAUGCAUGUUAUGAACAUUUGAAUGAAAAACGUGGGGGCUGUUUACGAUCAAAUUUUAUCCUAUUCCAUGAACAUGAUCCCAUGGAGGAUUUAACAGACGACUGAAGUUGAGGCUCCAAUUGCUGAAACGUGGAAAGAGGACGAGUGAGUGAGUGAGUUUAGUUUUCAGUAAUAUUCCAACAACAUCAUGCCGAGGGACACCAGAAAUGUAUGUCUGUGAAAGAGGAUUAAGGUGGAAAGGAUGAAGGUCCUUUCUUUGUUAUCCCGGAUCUUGUCUCAUUUUUGAUAAAUGUCGUAUGUAGGGAUGCCUGGAGA